AUGGCUUUCCGGCGGCCAGCCUUUCGCCUUCUCGGCCAAUGCAAGUCACGGGGCCAAUUGAGCGGUCCACGGCCCCUCAGGGCCAAUACAGCGCCCCGAAGGGCUGCUUCGACCUUCCCCGGGGCCGAUGCUUCCAGUCGGACUUCCGCGCCGCUACGGAUCUUAGGCUGGGCUGCCUUGGGUCUCGCGGUGGCGGCGCCGCUAACUUACAAGAUGGCGAUCGAUGAACCCCUCAAGAUGGACAGCCCGACCCUUGCCCAACGCGACCAGCAAUUAAAGACCGAACAAGGAGUAUCCGAUACGUCGCCGAUGCGCCUCCGCAUGGAGAAAUUCGUCAAGGAGCAACAAAAAGCCAUCGUAAAGGCCCUGGAAGAGGCGGACGGCACACGGUUCCGGGUCGACGAGUGGCAGCGCAAGGAAGGAGGGGGCGGCAUCACAUGCGUUCUGCAAGACGGCAAGGUCUUUGAAAAGGCCGGCGUCGGCGUUAGUGUAGUCUACGGCACCUUGCCGAAGCCGGCUAUUUUGAAGAUGCGUGCCAACCACAAGAACAUCGCGGCCGAGGACCAGAUCCCGGACAGCUUGGAGUUCUUCGCUGCUGGGGUGAGCCUGAUCGUUCACCCCAAGAACCCCAUGGCGCCGACCGUGCAUCUCAAUUACCGGUACUUUGAGACAGCUAACCCUGACGGGUCGUCCGGCGCGUGGUGGUUUGGUGGGGGCUGCGAUCUGACGCCUAGUUACCUGUUCGACGAGGACGCGGUCCAGUUCCACCGGUCGUUGAAGGACGUGUGCGACAAGCACGACAAGGGAUACUACCCGAGGUUUAAGAAGUGGUGCGACGAGUACUUUUACAACAAGCACCGCGGUGAGACCCGUGGCGUCGGCGGUAUCUUCUUCGACGAUCUUGACGAGACGGUCUCGGAUCGUGAGAACCUGUUCGCGUUCGUUCAGGACUCGCUCAAGUCGUUUGUUCCGACGUAUCUCCCGAUCGUGGAAAAGCGGAAAGAUAUGCCGUUUACGGAGAAGGAGAAGGAGUGGCAGCAGAUUCGCAGGGGGAAGUAUGUUGAGUUCAACCUCGUGCACGACCGGGGGACGGCAUUUGGGUUGAAUACACCGGGUGCAAGGGUGGAGAGCAUUCUGAUGAGCUUGCCAUUGACAGCGAGUUGGAAAUAUAUGUAUGAGCCGGAGCCGAAAAGCAGAGAGUCGAGGCUUGUGGAAGUGUUGCAAAAUCCGAAGGAGUGGGUAUAG